CCCGAAGGAAGCGGGGUCCGGGUUCGGGAGAGCGCGCUCCUGGAGGCGGGCGCGGAGGGACAGAGGUCGCUUCUUCCUGGCGGGGCCCCAGGAGAACACGAGUAGCUGCUGACAUCUCGCCCCCAUGGGGGGAGAUGGCCUGAUGGGCUCUUGGUUCUCCAUCAGGUUCGAGGAAGGACAGAGCCGAGGGUGGGGCGAGCACAGGGUGGAUGGGCUGUGUGUGCGAGUCAGAGAUAGUGUCGGGGAGAGGCCCGUGCCCAGGAAGCAGGCAGUGCGCCCCGGAGGAGGCCACGGGAGGAAGGGGCAUGCGGAGGUGCAGGUGCUGGCUGGGAGGAGGGGACGGUGCCCAGGAAGGGGGCGGUGUGGGAGCAGCCAGCCUCCUGGGGGAAGGGGCCAUCAAUGUCAGGCCAGAGUGUCCGCAGAAGAGGAGAGUGCCAGGAUGAAGGGGCACACAGAUCAGUGUCCAGUGGGGAGGGAACGAGCAGUUCCAAGCUGAAGGGGCAGUGCUCCGGAGGGCACAGUGUGAUGGGGUCAAUGCCAGGCUACAGGGGGCGGUGUGAGCAGGCUCGGGGCAAGAGGACAAUGGUGGGGAGGGUGCGGUGCCAGGGGAAGGCAUAGUGCAGGCUUUCCUCUUCUCCAUAGUGACAUCAUGGCAAAUUCCCAAACUGAAAGGACCCAGCUCGGGUGACAUCCAGCAGGGCCGAGCUGGGCCAGGCCGGCCUGAAGGGCCUCGGUGCCAGCUGCAGGGGCUCGUUUAGGCCGCACCUUUUCCCCUCUCCCGCUCGUUUCCUCCGCGCGAGGGGGUGCGCGUACCCCUAGUCGUGGUUGAGCGGUCAGCGCCCCCGGUGCUCCCCUCGUCGCCCUGUUACCAUGGCCGGCAUUCUGUUUGAGGAUAUUUUUGAUGUGAAAGACAUUGACCCGGAGGGCAAGAAGUUUGAUCGAGUGUCCCGACUGCAUUGUGAGAGUGAAUCUUUCAAGAUGGACCUUAUCUUAGAUGUAAACAUUCAGAUUUACCCUGUAGAUUUGGGUGACAAGUUCCGGUUGGUCAUAGCCAGUACCUUGUAUGAAGAUGGUACCUUGGAUGAUGGUGAAUAUAACCCCACAGAUGAUAGACCUUCCAGGGCUGACCAAUUUGAGUAUGUAAUGUAUGGAAAAGUGUACAGGAUUGAGGGAGACGAAACUUCUACUGAAGCAGCAACACGUCUCUCUGCCUACGUGUCCUAUGGGGGCCUGCUCAUGAGGCUGCAGGGUGAUGCCAACAACCUGCAUGGGUUUGAAGUGGAUUCCAGAGUUUAUCUGCUGAUGAAGAAACUGGCCUUCUGAACCACUGGGAAGCCAACCUUGCUGCUCAGUCACUCAGGUCAUGGACAUUUGUUCAAGUCUGAGUUGCAGUUGCUGUUGUCCGGCUCAGGAGGGGCUGGCUCUCUGUCCACCGUGGUGCUUCUCUCCCUGGUCUGGACUCAGUGGGAAACUGACUUGCCUGUGAAAGACCCAGCGGGAGAGUUUAAAAUGAACCAGAAGUUGUUUUUGUGUGUAUGGUUUUUUUAAAUUAAACUUUACUUUUUCAGA